AUGGAGAAAUUCAAAGAGAAACUUGCAUCCCUUCGUAGCGAGGUCGAUGCUGCCAACGCGCGUGCCCAGGAACUCGAAGCCAAGGUGGAGACGUUGGAGACUGAGCACAAUGAAAAGGAUGAUCAGCUCAACGACCUUCAAGAACGUGCAAAGUUGUUGGAAGAGCAACUCGAAAAGGCAGAGGCUGAUCUUAAGGAAGCUAACGAAAACUUCCGUGAAGCCGAUUUGCGUGCUGAACAACUUGGCAAGAAGGCUGUGAGAUUACAGCAGGAAGUCAAGGAAUGGGAUACCAAGAACAAGGAUCUUGAAGCUAAGCACCAAGGUGUCAAGGAUGAAUUGGAUGAGAUGGAACGCCAGCUCGAAGGUGUUUAA